CGCAGAGCCUCGGUGUACACAAGCCAGCACACCGCCAAGCCUCCACCGCUAUACGCCCAGUUUAUUUUUAAUUGAAACCCUUUACUCCCGCCCGCAGGCCCUGCUGCAGGACGAGGAUGACUGGGAAGACCCAGACCAGCAACGUGACCAACAAGAAUGACCCACGCUCCCUCAACUCCCGCGUCUUCAUCGGCAACCUCAACACAGCUGUGGUGACAAAGGCUGACAUCGAAGCCAUCUUUGCCAAAUACGGCAAGAUAGUGGGCUGCUCGGUGCACAAGGGCUUCGCCUUCGUUCAGUAUGUCACUGAGAGAAACGCACGGGCAGCUGUAGCUGGGGAGAAUGCCAGAGUCAUUGCUGGACAGUCACUAGAUAUCAACAUGGCAGGAGAACCAAAACCAUACAGGCCCAAGAUGGGCUCCAAGAGACCCCUCUCAUCUCUCUACAGUGGCUAUGAGUUUGACUAUGACUACUACAGAGAUGAUUUCUACAGCAGGCUCUUUGAGUACCACGGCCGUGUUGUGCCCCCGACCCGAGCGGUGAUCCCCAUCAAACGUUCACGACCAGUCGUCCCAUCCACUCGCAGAGCCAAAUCCUCUUUUCCAGUCAGGGCCUGUUCUUCCUCUUCUUCCUCCUCCUCUUCUUUGUCAUCCCGAGCACUCAACAUUGGCUCAUCCAUCACUGGUCCAAAACUGAAAACAGACCAACUCCUAACCAUCAAGAGGGAACUGUCACAGAUCAAGACGAAAAUCGAUUCACUGCUCGGAAGAUUGGAGAAGAUUGAGAGGCAGCAUCGCUCUGACGCUGAUAUGCCAAGGAAACCAGAGGAGGUGUGUGAGUGUCUCCAUGGAGAUGUGGCAGACAACUCUGGCGACGAGGAAGCAGAGGGGACAGCUGAGGUGGAGGCGGGGGAGAUGACGGACGGCGGUGAAGACGAUUUUGAAGAUGAAGGCACCAGCGACAUGAUAGAGAGCCACAUAUCAGACAUCGACAACUGAGGACGAUCGGGAAAGAAAGAAGCAAGAAGUACAAUAGGUUGUGAGAACAGAUACCAGCAAAACCUUCUUAGUCAAGGAGUUUGACAUUAGGGGAAAUAAUAAAGGAAGCACCUGAUGGAAGAGGAAGAGGUUUUCAGACUUAAUUGUAGCUCGUUUGCCUCAUGAAAACAUGACACUCCGGAUGUGUGCUUCAUCAAAAUGCUGGGUUUGAAUAUUCUCCAGACUACUGCAAGAUCAGCUGCAAAGAGCAAUCAAUAGUCUCGCCUCAGAAUGAUUGCUUUCCUGAAAACAUAUGGACAAUACAGUAUAUUGUGUGCUUAAUAUAUUAUGGUCUGUAUUGUGCAUAAACAUACAGUUAUUGUAACCAGAUGAAAACAAAAUGAUCUCCUUUGUUGUACCUCAAUGUUUGUUUCUAUUUCUGUGCAUUGAAAACUGUGAUGAGCCAAUUUGGAGGCAGAGAGUAAAAUCUGAACGUAAGAGAAACAUUUUUUUUGGGAACUGACGAUGUGCUUUGUUUUAUUUCUACAUUUGGAUAAAAUGUACAUGAUGUAGUUAAUUCAAAAUGUCUCAACAUUGUAUUGUAUGCAUAUAAUUUUGUCUUUAGUCGUACAUGAUAAGAAGCAUUUUGAAUUGUUUGCACUGUUUAUGGUAAUCAAAAGAUAAGUCUCUCCUAUCAGCAUGUCAGAGUUGUGAUUAUUCUGGAUCAUUUGUAUUCAUUGCAUCUGUUGUACAGCCAUGGAUGAUAAGGGUUUUCGACAUAAACCUAAUCCCACUCUACAAACUGUGU